AUGAUGACUCACUUGGCCUUUGUCUUUGGUCUUCUGGGCAAUAUAGUCUCCUUCAUGGUUCUUCUUUCUCCAUUGCCAACAUUCUAUGAAAUAUUCAAGAAGAAAUCUACAGAAGGGUUCCAAUCUGUGCUAUACGUUGUAGGGCUAUUCAGCGCAAUGCUUUGGAUUUAUUAUUCGCUCCUCAAAGGGAACAUGAUUCUUCUCAUGACCAUCAACUCAAUUGCUUGUUUCAUUUAUUCUGCAUACAUUUGCUUCUUCAUAUUUUUUGCACACAAACAUGAGAGGGCCAAUACUGUCAAGUUGUUUCUCCUGCUAAACGUCAUUGGAUUUGGCCUUAUUGUGUUGCUAACCUAUCUCUUAGAAGAAGGUUUGCGCCGUGUUAAUACAGUGGGGUGGAUUUGCCUGAUUUUUUCUCUCUGUGUGUUUGUUGCACCCCUAUGCAUUCUGAGGAAAGUGAUAAGAAGCAAAAGUGUAGAAUACAUGCCUUUUCUCCCAUCAUUUUUUCUAACACUAAGUGCUGUUAUGUGGCUCUUUUAUGGAUUACUGCUCAAGGACUAUAACAUUGCUAUCCCUAAUGUGUUGGGAUUCAGCUUUGGAGUGGUGCAAAUGGUGGUGUAUAUAAUUUACAGGAAUGUCAAGAAGAAAGAGCCUGCGGAUGAUAAUGAUAUAAUAACAGUAGAAGACGAGGAGCUUAAGGACCCCACAAUUAUGGAUGCAGUGAAGCUAAGUGGAUUAGCUGUGUAG